UGUGGUUGGCUUCGCGGCCGCCGCCGCCGCCUCCUCCUCCUCCCCCCUUCCCCUCCCCCCUCCACACCCCGGGCAGCGCCGUCCGGUGAGAGGAUUUUGAACCCCGUGUUGUCGUCGCUAAAAAAAGUUGGAAGAUGGGGAAGAAAAGCAGAGUGAAAACUCAGAAGUCAGGCACUGGAGCCACGGCAGCAGUCUCUCCAAAAGAAAUGUUGAAUCUAAUUAGUGAAUUAUUACAAAAAUGUAGCAGUCCGACUCCAGGUCCUGGAAAGGAGUGGGAAGAGUAUCAACAGAUCCGAGCUCUUGUUGAGAGAAUCCGUAAAAAACAGAAAGGUUUGUCUGUCGUAUUUGAUGGGAAAAGAGAAGAUUAUUUCACUGAACUAAUUAACUGGGCCAGAGAGAAUGGUGCAUCUACAGAGGGCUUUGAAGUGGCUAACUUUGGUGAAGAGGGUUUUGGUUUGAAAGCUACAAGAGAGAUAAAAGCAGAAGAGCUUUUUCUCUGGGUUCCCAGAAAAUUGUUGAUGACUGUUGAAUCAGCGAAAAAUUCAGUUUUGGGAUCCUUGUAUUCUCAAGACCGAAUUCUCCAAGCCAUGGGCAACAUCACGCUAGCAUUCCACCUUCUUUGUGAACGCUGCAAUCCUAGUUCUUUCUGGCUGCCUUACAUCCAAACUCUCCCAAGUGAAUACAAUACUCCUCUUUACUUUGAAGAAGAUGAGGUUCAAUAUCUUCAGUCAACUCAGGCCAUACAUGACGUUUUCAGCCAAUAUAAAAAUACUGCUCGACAGUAUGCCUAUUUCUACAAAGUUAUUCAGACCCAUCCUAAUGCCAGCAAACUGCCAUUAAAGGAUUCUUUCACUUAUGAUGAUUACAGAUGGGCAGUUUCCUCUGUCAUGACACGACAAAACCAGAUUCCUGCUGAGGAUGGUUCCCGGGUUACCUUAGCACUGAUUCCUUUAUGGGACAUGUGUAAUCACACCAAUGGGCUGAUCACCACAGGCUACAAUUUGGAAGAUGACCGUUGUGAAUGUGUAGCACUUCAAGAUUUUAAGGCUGACGAACAGAUUUACAUUUUUUAUGGCACUCGGUCAAAUGCUGAAUUUGUGAUCCACAGUGGGUUUUUCUUUGAUAAUAAUUCACAUGACAGAGUGAAAAUAAAGCUUGGAGUGAGUAAAAGUGACAGGCUGUAUGCUAUGAAGGCAGAGGUCUUAGCUCGCGCUGGCAUCCCAACUUCUAGUGUGUUUGCCUUGCACUCAACAGAGCCUCCAAUCUCAGCCCAGCUUCUGGCUUUCCUUAGAGUGUUUUGCAUGACGGAAGAUGAGCUGAAGGAACACUUGAUAGGAGAGCAUGCAAUCGACAGAAUCUUCACUCUUGGCAAUUCUGAAUUCCCAGUGAGCUGGGACAAUGAGGUGAAACUUUGGACAUUCCUUGAAGCCAGGGCAUCUCUUCUGUUAAAAACCUACAAAACCACUAUUUUGGAUGAUAAAUCUUUUUUGGAAACACAUGACCUUACCUGUCACGCAACAAUGGCUAUUAAGCUGCGCUUAGGAGAGAAAGAAAUUUUGGAGAAAGCAGUCAAGAGUGCGGCCGCCAACAGAGAGUAUUACGGCAAACAAAUGGCAGAAGGAGUUCUCCUCCCCAAGUAUGAAGAGAGUAAUAUUGCCUUACUAGAGAAUACUGUGGCAGACUCAAGACUCCCAAUUGUCUUGAGAAACUUGGACGAAGAGACGGAGGAUCAAGAGGACUUAAAGAUUGAGGAAGCCAUUGGGGCAGAAGUUGCAGCAAACGGAUUUGUGAAUGGUGACAAUUCUUUGCUUAACGGGACCAAAUCAGAAAAUGAAAAUCUAAAUCAAGAGGAAAGUAACAGAGAGACUGAAGAUGCCAAAGAAUCUUCUUCAGACAGUACUGAUGAGGUUAAAGAAUAGCUCUAAAAUAGUUUUGAAUUUAUUGUGAAAUUGAAAACUAGCAGGUGUUCUCUUCUUCUUCUUCUUCUUCUUCUUCUUCUUCUUCUUCUUCUUCUCCUCCUCCUCCUCCUCCUCCUCCUCCUCCUCCGAACAGUGAUUUACAUUGGUGUGUUUCCUAACAUUUCUUUCUGCAGAGGAAAAUGUUUUUUGCUGCUUUAUAAUAAUAAUAAUAAAAAAGAUUUUUAAGUUAUUUAAAAGAUUUAGCAUCCCUUUUCUACUAAGAUUGCCAUCUUGCUUUUGGAAGACUAGGGUCCAGGAAAAAUGAGAGAGGUGGUACCUUUGGAGAAUUGUGCAGCCCUCAGUUAGGAAAACGUGUUUACUUCCUAGGGAAGAGUUCAACUUUAUCUGCUAUCUUUCUGUUCUGUUUUCUCUGACUUCUAAAAUGUAAAGCUUGUUUUCUUGCCCAAGGAGGUGGCAAGUUUGACUGACUGACCACUUGGCAUAGGCAGAGAUCAGAGCAGCACAAAAGAGUAGAUGCACUGAAAAGUAGAUACACCCUUAAAAAUGUAAGGUGGCAACCUUAUUUUCACUAGGUUUCAAACGUUAAGAAUACAUUCUAAUUACAGUGGUUUCUAUGAACUAUCGUUUAUUUUGUGGUUUGGUUUACUGUACAAGAAACUUAAUUCCCCACCCCACCAUAUCCUUGAAAUCAAAGUGCGCAACUACAGUACAUCCUCAGUUUGUUUAUUAUUAUUUUUUAAGGCUUGACUUUUUUAAAAUUUCAAAAUGACCCUGGUUUAAUUUGGUGAAGGAAGAGAUUGGAAGCAGCUCAGCCCAGCCUCCAGGUGCAAACUGUGUUGUUCAGAGUGAGGCUGCUCCCCAACCUUUUCAGAUUUUCACAAAUAGCUAGAGAUUUUCAAAGCUACACUUUUGACUAAGAAAAUUAUUAAAAGUAAAAAUUGAUUAA